CCUUCUCCCUUCUCGCCCUCCUCCCUCGCUGGCCUUAUCUCCCGUGUCCCUGUUCUCUCCUUCUCCCCUCCCCUUUGACGGCGCCCCUCCCGCCUGCCCACCUGCCCCUGAUGGAGCGAUACUACGAUCUGAACCUGCCGACCAACAGCCUCUCGGCCCUGGCCUCUGGGAUUCUGAAGCUGUCCAGCGAUGGCGUGGACCCCAUUCCGGUCCGGCUGGCCCGGAGCCAUGAGUUUGGCUUCCAUGCUGUUGCAGUGAACACAUACAUGUCUGGAAAGCUAAACAACAACAAUACGUGCUCCUUCAAGCCCGUGGCGUUGCCCGUGUCGACGGCUCGUGGUGCGCCUGCUGCUACGGCCACCCGCCCCGGUAACCGCAUGGCCCAUUCGGCCGCGGCCGGUCAGCCAUCCAAGGCUGACAUCGAUGGCCAGAGCACCAUGCGCCAGCUCAGCCGCAUGACCUACGUCUCGGAUAACCCGUCAGAUUCGUCGCAACUGGGCUCGACUAGCAGCAUCCUCGCGUCGUAUGACAUCGUCGCCGUCCAGCCGCUGUCCGAAAAGAUGUUCCUCGCCUGCUGCAACACCCUCGACAUCGACCUGAUUAGUUUGGAUGUUGGGGCCACUCCCGGAGGGCGGCUGGGCUUCCCCCUCCGCCGCAAUCCCAUUUCGCAGGCCAUCUCGCGUGGUCUCUUUUUCGAGGUGUGCUACAGCGCCGCCCUGUCUGAUGCUGGAUCCCGGCGAAACCUCAUCCAGACGGCCUCCAUCCUUCUCGGGCACUCGAAGGGAAGGAAUGUCAUCUUUUCUAGCGCGGCAAUGCGCGCUCUAGAGCUUCGUAGUCCGCUCGAUGUGGCCAACCUGGGCUGUCUUUUUGGCAUCGACCAGUCCACAAGCCGCAUGCUGGUGUCCAGCAACCCGAGCCAGCUGCUGCUGAAGUGUGCCACCCGCACGGGCACGUAUCGUGGUGUGGUUGCUGCUCGGGCAUUUGCUCCAUCAGCCGGGCCAGCUGGCAAGCCGGCGGCCAAUUCCCUGGAUGCUCUCCUUCAGACAGCCAUCCGCAAGGCAAAGGAAGAGCGCGCCAAGUCUGCUGAGGCUGCCUCGGCUGCCGGCGACACCGAGGCCGCUCCGCCCUCCAACAAGCGCCCACGCUCGGACAGCUCCCCUGCGGAGUCCGAUGCCCCGGACGCCAAGCGGCUCCAUGCCACCUGAGAGAAGACCCUCGCCCAUUCCCUUCUUUCUUCUUUCGCUUUUUCUCCCCCCCCCCCCCCC